CUAAAGUGUGUAUGCAUGCAGGCAAAUAUGCAUGAGUUUUCAUCAGAAAGCUUGGGAUUCGAAUAGCAUUUCUGGGAAAUUUCCUGUUAACAAGAUUGGUAUCCAGUAAUAUUUUUUUUGCCUACAUGGAGGAUGAGGAGGACUGCCCAGAACUUGUUCCCAUAACAGAUAUUACGCAAGAUGAGAAAAAAAUCCCUGUCACUAUAAUUACAGGUUAUUUAGGUGCAGGAAAAACUACGCUGUUGAACUACAUUCUGACAGAACAGCACAACAAAAGAAUUGCUGUCAUAAUCAACGAGUUUGGGGAAGGAAGUGCUGUGGAGAAGUCUUUAGCAAUAAGUCAAGCUGGCGAACUGUACGAAGAAUGGUUGGAAUUAAGGAAUGGCUGUCUGUGUUGCUCAGUAAAAGACAAUGGUCUAAAAGCCAUUGAAAAUCUUAUGCAGAAGAAAGGGAAGUUUGACUAUAUAUUGCUGGAAACAACAGGAUUAGCAGAUCCAGGCGCAGUAGCCUCAAUGUUUUGGGUUGAUGCUGAACUAGGAAGUGACAUAUACUUAGAUGGCAUUGUAUCUGUAGUGGAUGCUAAAUAUGCACUGCAGCACAUUCAAGAGGAAAAACCAGAGGGUCUUAUCAAUGAGGCAGCAAGACAGGUGGCUUUGGCUGAUGUACUAAUCAUAAACAAAACAGAUUUAGUUUCAGAAGAAAAACUGGAUGCCGUGAGAUCAGCUGUGAGCUUUAUCAAUGGAUUUGUCAAAAUUCUGGAGACCCAGAGAUCAAGAGUUGACUUAAUGGAUAUAUUGGACCUACAUGCAUUUGACAGCCUGUCUGGGAGAAGUUUGCAGGAUAAACUGGUGACUAGUACAGGCCAUCCUCAUCUUGAUAAGAGCAUUGUGACAGUGACGUUUGAAGUGCCUGGCAGUAUAUCUGAAGAAAACUUGAAUUUGUUUAUACAGAAUCUGUUGUGGGAGAAGAAUGUAAUAAAUAUGACUGGGAAUGCCAUGGAGGUUAUCAGACUGAAGGGAUUGGUGUCAGUCACGGACAAGCCUCAGCAGGUGAUUUUGCAAGGUGUCCAUGAAUUGUAUGAUCUGGAAGAGACCCAAAUCAGCUGGCAGGACAGCAAUGACAGCAGAGUGAACCGCAUGGUUUUUAUAGGUAGACAUCUGGAUAAGAAGAUACUCGUGCAGCUGUUUCGGUCAGCUAUGAAAUCCUGAUAUUACUGUACAUGUGAACAUGGUGAAAAUUUUUGCAUUCAGCCACAGUUUGCGGCAGUGCAGAUGCUGUGCUUUUUUUUCUGAAUUUGGUCCUAAUGUUAAUUUAAAUAAGAUGUUGAUUGUUAGUACUAUUGAUGACAUUAUUAUAUGUUGAAUAAUGUAAAUACCCCUGUCCAAUAUCAUUCCUUGUAUUUGGCUUUAUUCUAAUCCUGCUGAAUAUUAGAUUGUGGUGUGUGAGACAUAUGCAAAGGGAUUCUUACAUUUAUAUACAGUUUUUUUUAUACGGAUGAAAUCUGACACCUUUUCACACAGGGAAUGAUUUACCCCUGUUGUAAUUAUGACGAUAUUAAAAAGUCCUCAAGGAGUUUUAUGACAAUAUAAAGGCUUCUCUUAAAAAACAACUAGCCAGACUUCUAAUAUCCUUAUAUUUUAUAGUGGGCAAAUCCCAUGAUAUCACUUCAUUCUACCUGUUAGUCGACUUGUGUGUGGUCUCCAUAAUACUCCAUAGCAACAUAACUGUUAUACAAGUAACUUGCAAAUGAGGUGCAGCCAAUAUAUCCUUUACCUACAGUAUCACACUUUUUUUUUUUUAGUAUUUUUUUCUACAGGUCAUGGAACUUUUCGGUGAUUUUAUGGCAAGGCGCACAUUAUUUCUUACACUGUUGUGACAAGUGACAUCAUUAAGCACUGUGUAUAAAAACUGUUUAUAAGGACAUAUUUUUCAGGAUAGAUGCGGCUCCUGUGUAUUAUAUGUCUUGAGGAACCAAACUGUCAUUUGAACAAAAUUAUUUUUAAAUAGCCUUAUUUUGAAUCAGAAUUACUGCAUGAAACUUCUAUAAAUGGCAUCUGAAAGCAA